AUGGCGUCCCUUCGAAAUGUCACGGUACUCGAACCCUCAUCUUUAGCAUCUUUAAACACGCAAAGUGACUUUUCGGCCCCGGCAUUGAAAAAAAGAAAGAGGUUCCACGAGGAUGGCAAGAACGGUGCCAAAUGCAUAUUGUCCUCUGCCAUCGAUAUUCAGCCCUACACAUCUUCAUUAUCGGAUAAAACAGAAACCCUCAUACCUAUCAUUUUAUUACCACGAUCUAGGUUACCCCUCUCAUGGCUGGAUCCUUGCCCGAACCCACCCCGAAGCAUAGCGCCGGGGAAACUCUUCGUUUCAAAUAUUCUCGCCCUUGAAAUCGGACUACAGGAUAGGGGAAGACAUGUCGUGCUUGUUGCACGUUUGCGCGGUGAAAAGCAUUCGUCUAUAAAUUUUAUGGGCCCAACAGAAGGAAGUGAUUGUGAGGAGGAGCUAUAUGUUGUCGAAAGAGUGAAAAAGGGUAUAUACUCCGUAUGUCCCUUAGGUCGUCAUAUUCGAGAAGGGGACGUCAUCGUCGCGUCCAAGGGCUGGAAACCUGAAGGAACGGGCCAUUGUCUAAGUUCGGGUUCAGCAACCGGGGAAGACGACUGGUUCCAGAGAGCUAAAAUUCUUCACGACUUUGAGGGAGGGAAUUUUGGGAACCUCGCCAUAAACGAUGUAACACUAGUAUUUGAUCAGUGGCCAGGAAUCACAGGAAGUGCAAACAUCACUGAACAGCCCGAGAGUGUUCCCGUACCGGAAGAAAAUACGUCCAUCGAACUAGGCUGUUUGUACGAUGCUAUCCACCAAGGGCCUGAGAAUUCCUUUGGAAGUCCCGGUCAGAAAAAUAUCGAAGCGAAUUCGCCGUGCCCCCGAGACAUAUUGGAUAAUCUUAAAACCCAGUACCUCGAAACCCUCUAUAUUUCCAAAGCUUCUGUAGCCUACUUCGCUAAAGGACCGCUUUCUCGCGCGCGCGCAGCUUUUCAAUCCGCUAAGGAUACUGCAGCCAUGCGUGUGUUAGAUCUUUAUUACUUUUACCGGGAAUGCAUUAUGCCUGUGAAAAGAAUGGAUAUAAAAUAUCGAGAUUCUGUGCCGGAAGUGGUGCGGAAUUUCGCCCUGGGCCUCGCGGAAGGUGGAAAAGCCGCUGUACUCUCACUGAAAGGAGGAAAGCGCAAAAACAGAAAGAGAAAAAUUGGGAGAAAUGGUUUGUAUCCAGAUGAACGGGAUUUAAUUGCAAGGUGGUGGAGCCACAGAAAUGUGGCAGAAUCGCCGUUGGAAGCAUCUUCCGGAGAUGAAGAGCUGAAACAAUUGGUAGCAGAUCUGCGCUUCCGCGAAACACAGCUCCAAAUACUUCUGAUUCUUGAGGCAAUGUCCUUGGAACUCUCUAUGGGUGCAACUGAUGGAAAUAUUCCGGAGUUAGAGCUGCAAGUCUCACGGGCAAAUAAGGUCUCCAAGAAGAAAGCUCAGGACUUAGGCAUGCUUCUCGAACUUCUGGUAGACAGGCUUUGUAUAUGGCAUACGGUAAGUUCGAAUGAUCCUGUCUCAGUUAAUCCUGUGAAAAGGCAAGACAAGGGUAAGGAGAACGAUAAACUACGAGACUUUUGCACGGAGGUUAUAGUCCCUUUUUACGCCUCUCGCCUUCCAGAGCAAUGCAGAGCUCUGAGCGGAAAACUUGGUGGGCCUAUAUCCGCCUCACCUAAACGUCCCACUAUAUUGCGGCAGAAGAGUUCAGCGGAUAGCGCUGGUGAGACGGUCAAGAAACAAAAUCAAAGGUCUCGUCGGACUCUUCAACGCGUUCUAACUGAUGAGAAAGCUGCCAUAACAAGACUCAAUGCGGCUGUUCCAAAACUCAAACGAGAGUCCAGCGAGCCGGAUUUUCAGUCUCUGGUCUCAAGGGGACGGGGUGGUAUCCAAAAGCCCAGGCGUAUCGAUAACCGGGAAAUAGAUCUCGAUGCUGUUGCGCGGCAGCAUGAAACAAAACUCAGGAAAAUGGCCAUGCUUAUUGAACAAAAGAAGGAAUUGGAUGCAGCAAUCAAUGCCCUAAGAAAGCCGAACAGAGAGCUGGUAGCUCGGGAUUGGGCGGAUUCUGCGGAGAAGAGGGCUUCGAUCGGGAGCUCAAGAAAGCAGAAAGAUCCGAUCAGGAACCCUUUAGGCGAAGGAGUACAGGUAAUUGUAACUCCUAAAGGUCUUCGAAAGAAAGACUGUGAGACAUCCAGUGUGCCUUCCAUCUCAAGACGUCCUCUAGCAUCGAAUGGAGAGAUAGGUUUAUCGACAUCAUUUGGCGUGAACGAGCAAGUCAUUCAAUCUUCUGCUCUGCGAUCGCACAAUCUCUUCGGAUCGAGGCUUAAUCCUAAAAUCAUUCCGAAGUCCGUCCAAGAAACCCCGUCAAAACGCUCUUCACAGAUUCCGGUGGUUUCAAGCUCUACUGUCAAUACUCAAGCUGGUCCGACUGGCGUUUUAGAGCCCACCGAAAAGCCUUUCAAAGUUCCUGGACCUUUGAGACGGGGUAACUUCAAAUCGUCCGCGCCUGGGUUUACGACACCUACGAAACCUCCAAGGUCCCAUAUUAACAAUGGAGUCAUAGCUUCAUAUGCAGGUUAUAACAUGAAAAACGAUAACGAGUCUACCUUUGGCGUUGAGGAGACUCCACCUCAGCUACUUCCACGCCGACUUGGUGUAUCGAAAACGUCCGGGGACACCUCCGUUCUCUCAACUAAAGCGGUCGAUCCUAUUACCCUCAGAACUCCCAUAAAAUGUGCUGGAUCUGUAUCCAACGGCAGCGCGUCUCCCACGGUACAGGUCUCCAUUAAUUCACGCUUAAAUGCGGAGAAGUCAAUAUAUGAUCAAUUGGGAUGGGAUAAUGAUGAAGAAGACGACGAUGAACUUGCACUGUGUUAG